AUGAAGGCUUUGCUGGCUUCGCAGCUUCAUUUUUUUCCGCCAGUUCCUCACAAAACACCAUUUUCUGUAAAGCUAGGCCCUUCUAACGAAAUUUUAACUGGGCUUUCACUGCUUGGGAAUGAAGAUUUACCACUGAAUAGUUACCAUGUCAAACGAAAACGCAUUCUGAAAGUAGUCCAUCGCGACAAUGUAAAUUUGUCACCACUACAUGAAAUGGAUGUCCGGAAGAAUAGAGAAGCCAUGGAGGGGGACAUUGAUUACAUUAAGGAGAUGUUGGACACUAUCGGAGAAGGACGAACAAGCCUUUCACCCUAUGACACGGCAUGGAUUGCUCUUGUUAGGAAUCUCCAUGGACUUGAUCUUCCUCAAUUCCCAUCAAGUCUUCAAUGGAUUGCCGAAAAUCAACUCUCAGAUGGCUCAUGGGGUGAUGCACAUUUUUUCUUAGCAUAUGAUCGGCUAGUCAGUACACUAGCAUGUGUAGUUGCGCUGAGAUCAUGGAACCUUCAUCCCGAAAAAAUUGAAAAAGGGAUAGCAUUUAUCCAAGAAAAUAUACACAAGCUUGAAACAGCAGAUGAAGAAAACAUGACCUGUGGAUUUGAAAUUGUAUUUCCAGCUCUUCUUGAAAGAGCCCAAAACUUAGGCAUUGACAAUAUUCCUUAUGAUGCUCCUGUCUUAAAUGAGAUUUAUGCUGCAAGAGACCGGAAAAUGAAAAGGAUACCUAUAGACCUGAUUCACACAGUACAAACAUCUCUUCUAUAUAGCUUGGAAGGAUUACAAGAUUUGGACUGGAAAAAGCUCCUGAAGCUGAAAACUCCACUGGGUUCAUUCCUAACUUCUCCAUCCUCCACGGCCUUUGCACUGAUGGAGACUAAAGAUGAUAACUGUUUCAGAUAUUUGGAUGAUAUUGUGAAAACAUUUAAUGGAGGAGCGCCAAAUUCAUAUCCAGUUGAUUUAUUCCCACGACUUUGGGCUGUUGAUCGACUACAACGCCUGGGCAUUUCCCGCUUUUUCGAGUCACAAAUUACUGACCUUUUAAGUUAUGUCUACAGAUUUUGGACUGACGAAGGAAUUUUCAGUGCAAGAUAUUCCGAAUUUUGUGAUAUCGAUGAUACGUCCAUGGGUUUCAGGCUUCUAAGGUUGCAUGGAUUUAGUGUUAACCCCGAUGUUUUCACACACUUCAAGAACGACAAUAAAUUUUCUUGCUUUGGUGGUCAAAUGAUUGAAUCUGCAACUCCAAUAUUCAAUCUCUACAGGGCUUCUCAAGUUCAAUUCCCUGGAGAAACAAUUCUUGAAGAAGCCAAGAAAUUCUCCUACACCUUUUUACAAGAAAAGUUGGCAUCUCGUCAACUCGUAGAUAAAUGGGUAAUAUCUGAUGGACUUUAUGAUGAGAUAACCAAAGGGCUUGAAUUACCAUGGUAUGCUGAUUUACCCCGGGUGGAGGCUAGAUUUUACAUAGAGCAAUACUGUGGCGCAACUGAUGUAUGGAUUGGCAAGACUUUGUACAGGGUGCCAGAUAUCAGUAACAAUGCCUAUCUUGAUCUUGCAAAAUCAGAUUACAAUAGAUGCCAGGCACAACACGAAACUGAAUGGAAUGAAUUCGAAGAAUGGUAUGAAAAUGACAAUUUGCAAGAGCUCGGGAUAACAAGAAAGUACCUUCUUCGUGCCUAUUUUUCGGCUGCUGCAAGCAUAUUUGAGCCAGAGAGGUCAAACGUGAGACUUGCAUGGGCUAAAUCUCUAAUUAUUUUUUCAAGAACUCAAGGAUUGAUUGCUGCUGCUACCCUAGAUUCCCCUCGGCGGGAGAAGUCCCCAAAGUCAGGUGUAGAAAGUCUUCCUAUUAAGCUAAGGCUGGAUUCUAUUUUUCUUCCGACGAUCUUCGUUGCUGAUUUCUCCAUCCUAGAAAGGGAAGUUUCUCUUUCAUCAUCAGCAAGAUAUUGA